CUCUCACUCACAGUACUACCCUCACUCACGCAGUUUUAUUUUUUCACGCUUUCUUUCUCAGUAUACUGUGCUUCGUGCACUCCGAAAUCUGAACCCAAAAAAAAAAUCAAUCUCUGCAUUUCGGGUCGUUCAUUAUCCGACCCGACCGAAACCGCCCCACCGAAGAUCCGAUCCCGAUUUCGCACCCCCAAAAUGCCGAUGACCAAAUCUCCUCCUCCUUCUUCUUCUUCUUCUUCUUCUUCAUCACUGUAGAGCUUUCCGAUUCCUCUUCCUCACUCUCGCUCCAAUGGCCAUGAGAGGCGUCGAUUUCAAAUGGUACGAUGGGUUUUUCUUGUCGAUGCUGGCGACGAGUGUAGUGAUUGUUGCAAUCAAUUGGAAGCGGUACCAUUCUUGUACAUACCCAUUGCACAUAUGGAUUGUGGUUGAUUACACUACCGUGUUUGUUUUUCGCCUGUUGAUGUUCGUAGAUAAUGGGCUUGCGGCCGGAAUGGGAUUGGAUUUUGGGCGGCAACAGAGGUAUGCUCGUUUCUGUGGAAGAGUAGUGGUGCUUUCGAUUUUGUCUCUACUACUGUAUCCAUUCCUUUGGGCUUGGACUGUAAUUGGUACCCUCUGGUUCAGACGUGCAAAAGAUUGUCUUCCUGAAGAAGGUCAGAAAUGGGGUUUCCUCAUUUGGUUGCUUUUUAGCUACUGCGGACUUUUUUGCAUUGCUUGCAUGUCCUUGGGGAAGUGGUUGACAAGAAGACAGGCACACUUACUACGCGCUCAACAAGGGAUUCCUUUAUCUGAAUAUGGGGUUGUGGUUGACAUGAUCCGUGUACCAGAUUGGGCAUUUGAAGCUGCUGGUCAGGAAACAAGAAGCAUGGGCCAAGAUGCUGCUGCAUACCAUCCUGGACUUUACUUGACUCCAGCUCAGAGAGAAGCAGUAGAAGCACUCAUUCAGGAACUUCCUAAGUUCAGGCUAAAGGCUGUUCCAACAGAUUGUAGUGAAUGUCCAAUUUGCUUAGAAGAGUUCCAUGUGGGAAAUGAGGUUCGUGGCCUGCCUUGUGCUCACAAUUUCCAUGUAGAGUGCAUUGAUGAGUGGCUUCGACUGAAUGUCAAAUGUCCUCGGUGCCGUUGCUCAGUUUUCCCUAAUCUUGACCUUAGUGCUUUAUCUAAUCUUCGUGCUGAAACUGAACGGUCAUCUGCAAGCGUUAUGACAACCAACAGAUACGUAAGAGAACCUUCCAGCCAGAGCUAUCUGUUGAGAUUGCAGGGUCUGCUCCGUCCAGUGCGUACCGUAAAUGCAGGGACAGCAGAUGAUACUGAUAUUUCUUUGGAAACUGUUGAAAAUGGGGAUGUGGCUCUGGCGACUCGGUAUCCAUCAAGCACUGAGCCCACCCCCUCAGUUGAUCACAUGUUUGUUGGGCAGGCCUUGCAACACUAGACUGUUCCUGCUUUUAUUUUUGACAUUUUUUUACUAUAUCUCCUAACCCUGUGCUAAAAAUAUCAAAAUGAUACAUGUCCAUAUUUGGCCAUCACAUACUAGGCUCUUGUGAUGGUUUCUCAUUGUAAUGAAGAGUUUAUUGAUUGAUCCAUGAAUGUCUAAGUAAUGGACAAUUUGUGAACGAUGCGUUCUUUUUGUUAACCAAUGGAGAUUAGAAUUGCAUUUGUGUAGUGCA